AUGGCUUCCAAGGAAGUGAAGUGUGCCCACAAGGCAUCGGGGUUUGUGAACACGAAGCGGCUCAUCAUCUGCUGUGAUGGGACAUGGAACAAUACCAAUGAAGCGGCCGGCCCGCCUUCCAACGUCAGCUGGCUCUCCGGCGCGGUUGCGCACAAGUGCUGCUCCGGCAUGCCGCAGAUUGUGUAUUACCACCCGGGCGCCGGCACCGAGACGUCCAGGGUAGCGCGCGCCGUGGGAGGAGCGUUCGGCGUCGGCGUCGCGCAGGACAUUGCCGAGUCGUACCGGUUCAUCUGCGACAAUUACAACCCGGGCGACGAGAUCGUCAUCGUGGGCUUCUCGCGCGGCGCCUUCACGGCCCGGUCGGUCGGGGCCAUGGUCUGCGCCCUCGGCUUCCUCAACCGCUCCGGCAUCGACCAGCUCCCCCACAUCUUCAACGACUACCAAGGCUGGCAUGAAUGGCACAAGGAGCCAUACGACGAGCACAAGCAUCUGGUUGGCAUCACGUUCGAGAAUGUGAAGAAGAUCGAGAGGUUCGAGCAAGAGUCGGAAGAAUCGCUUGCGAAGAAACUCGGGGAGAGGAAGAGACAGCUCUACGAGAAGAUGGCAGCCAUGACUUCUUCUGAUGGGAAGGCCAAUCUGAAACACAUGGCGGAUGCUUACAGAGGCAUGCUCGCGGAGUAUCAACUGUUGCUGUGCUUGCGGCAUGCGGUGCCGGGCAGCGACGACUUCAAGUACGCGCCGAUCGAGGGGCGUGUCAAGGCCAUCGGAGUCUGGGACACUGUUGGGAGCCUCGGGAUUCCCGAAAUCCCGCCUUUCUACCAUAGCGGCCGGGGAGACAGAGAGAUCCGAUUCGAGCGUCUCGACGUGCAUCCCAGGGUCGAGUAUGCCUUCCAUGCUGUUUCGCUGGACGAGUGGCGGCAGGCAUUUGACUGCACCAUCCACUGCAAUGUCGGCGGCGGCCGGGAAGACCAGCAGAUUGCCACCAUUGCCCUCGCAUGGAUGGCCGACCAGCUGACAUCCAUUGGCCGCGCCCGUGGGGGGCUGGGUGUGAUCCGCAAUCCCAACGGACUCACAUCGUAUCCCGAUUGGAUCUGGUCCUACGUCGCCGCGCCCAUCCGCAAGCUCACGAAGGGCACGACCGACUACAUCACCCGUAUACCGGGCAGCUACAAGGAGGACGACGGCGACGGGAAGCUCGUCGACCCGAACGAGCUCGUCCACCCCUGCGUCCGCAUCCGCUACCUCUACGGCGGCCUGAACCUGGACGACGCCGGCCCGUGGACAUGCCGCGCCCUCACCGAGCGGGGCUACCGCCUCGAGCGCCGCGACGCGCCGGCCAUUGUUGCCGUCGUCCGAGGAAAGCCCGGCGUGCACAGAGCCCCCGACACAUACCACAGUGUCCGUGGUCCCGUCACGCCCUACUACUACUCCUGCUACAACACCAACAACACUACCCCGGCCGUGACCAGCAACGCUGGGGACGAUGACCACCAGCAGCCCUUCUUGGUCAAGGUCGAGCAGCCCCACGAGGACGACCUGAAGCAUCAGGGCGACGGUGACGGCGACGGGCACGAGCUGCCCGAGGAGCAAAUCGGGAUGUGGGAGCGCAUGUUCAUCAAGGUCAACGAGAAGCUGGUGCGGUGGCAGGAGACGAUGACGAUGACGAUGACGAUGACGAUGGAUGAUGCUGCUGCGGCGGCUGCCGCAGGGCAACAAAAGAGCGUCUUCGGAAGGGCGGGCGACGCCGUGAAAUCAGCGUUGGGUGUGGGCGGCGUGCCCGUCCCGCAGCAGCCGCCGGCGGCCAUGACCGAGGCGACGAAGCGCAAGGACAGGUAUAUCCCCGAGGCGUAUGGGUAUCAUGACUUGGUCUCGUGGCAGAAGGGCGAUACGCAGCCUAGGGAGACGGUGGGCACUGUAGCCUGAUUGAGUUUCGUCCUUUGUGAUAGGGAAUAUGGUGAUGGGAGGAAUUGUUGGAGGCCCAAGAAAAGGAGAAGGCUAGCACCGACAACAGUCUCGACCGAACCUACAGGCAGCCUAGCUCUCGCGAACCCCCCCAACGGACGGGGGGUCCGGCGAACGGAGCCGGUUGAUGGGCUGGGGUUGAUGGGAGACCUCAUCGUUCUAUCUCAGUAGGGGGAAGGUCGUGAAUGUAUAAUGUAUCUUAAUGUAUGUAUGUGCAAGGCAACGGUCGUCGAGCAUUUACGGGCAUAGGCACUAUAGGUACAACACCAUGUAUUGGAACUACAGAAUAUCGG